AUGGCAACUUCACUUCUAGGGGAAGAACCUCGCUUGGGCUCCACUCCCCUGGCCAUGCUCGCCGCCACCUGCAACAAGAUCGGCAGCCCCAGCCCGUCGCCGUCGGCCCUGUCGGACAGCGCCUCGUCCUUCGCCAAAGGCUUCCACCCCUGGAAACGCUCCUCGUCGUCGGGCAGCUGUAACGUGGUGGGCUCCGGCCUGGCCGGAGUCGGUGUCUCGGCCGCGGCCCGCAACGGCUCCUCGGCUCACGCGGCGGCGGCAGCGGCAGCGAUGGCGCACCCCUACGAGUCGUGGUUCAAGCCCUCGCACCCGGGCGAGGCGGCCGCCUCCAGCUGGUGGGACGUGGGCGCCGGCUGGCUCGACGUGCAGAACCCCAACGGCGUCCACCCGGCGGCGGCCGGCGGACUGCAGGCCGGCUCCCUGCACUCGCCGCUGGGCGCCUACAACUCGGAUUACUCGGGCCUGGCGGGCCACUCGGCCUUCAGCAGCGGCGCCGCCUCCUCGCACCUUCUCAGCCCGGCCGGCCAGCACCUCAUGGACGGAUUUAAGCCCGUGCUGCCGGGCUCCUACCCGGACUCGGCGCCCUCGCCGCUGGCGGCCGGCGCCGGAGGCUCCAUGCUGGGCGGCGGCCUCCUGCGCUGGCACACGGGCGAGCGGCCCUUCGUCUGCAACUGGCUCUUCUGCGGCAAGCGCUUCACCCGCUCGGACGAGCUGCAGCGCCACCUGCGCACGCACACGGGCGAGAAGCGCUUCGCCUGCCCCGUCUGCAACAAGCGCUUCAUGCGCAGCGACCACCUCAGCAAGCACGUCAAGACCCACAGCGGCGGCGGGGCGGGAGGCGGCGGCGGCGGCGGCGGCGGGGCGGGCGGCGGCAAGAAGGGCAGCGACACCGACAGCGAGCACAGCGCGCCCGGCAGCCCGCCCUGCCACUCCCCGGAGCUGCUCCAAGCCCCCGAGCCCGGCCACAGGAACGGCCUGGAAUGA